UCGUGAACCGAACAGUCGAACACGUCAGUCGCCUUUUACCGGCUUCCCAGCUAGGAUCGCGGUAGAAGUCUAACGCAGAGCAUUCGCGCGUAUAGUGACAGUGUCACGAGCUAAAGGAAUCAUUGGGGUGCCCAGUCUCCUCACGAGUCGCACAAUUCGCGCCGAGAAAUGAAAUUCGUGCCCCGCCUGACACGAUUCGAAAGCGGUGGCAGAAGCGGCAACAGACACAGUAACAGCAAAUCUGCUGGCAGUAGUUGUCACGGUAGCACAUCGUGCGGAGUUGUCAUUCGAGCGAGCCGGACGUACCGCGACCAUCGGAUACCGUAACACAGAGUCCGUCUGUGCGAGCAGCAUCCGCUCAUCGGCAUCGUUACGCGCCAGUUUCUCGCCGCGUCCGCGCCGACGGGAGCACCACGAGCAGUGGAUAUCGAGAAGAGAUAUCGAAGAACGAGCGGGUGUGAACGCGUGCGCGUACGCAGAUACGUGGAAGUAAUACGCUUGAUCACGUACACCGAGUACAUACUACACACACAAGCGGAAGGCACGUGUACGCGAGUGUCAGUGAUCGCACGGUGGAGUGCAGUGCUGUUACUUGUGAGCCCGGUGCUUCGCGGAUAAAUAUGAGUAUGAAAGAAGAAGAGGACCCGUCUUGGGCGGAGGGACCAUGGGACCCUUUCUCAUCCCUCCUUGACGAGAUGUCUGACAUACAUAACUCAUAUGAGCCAAUCUUCGGAGACAACAGAUCUGACAGAUAUGAUGAGGAAGAGAAUACGGAUGGAAGCUUUAUUAGAGAUUUGUUGAUGGAGCCUCUCCUUAAUGAUGCGGAUUAUGAACUGAUCAAAAGUGAUUGUCCUUGGUUUAAUAAUCUACUUCAUCCCGAAGCUGUCAAUUGUACGUGGGAUGGAAAGUGUCAUACCUAUCAUCAACAGCCCGUAUUGAAAUUAAACUUUCUUAAUACGGAGCAGAUAGAGCAGAUGGAGGUAGAGACAGAGAUGCAGAUGAAGAUGCAGACGCAGGUGCAGAAGCAACCGCAGAUGCAGACGCAGACACGGACGCCCGCCAGCAGGAGCAUCCUGAAAACGCAAUCUAAUGUAUUAACUGACUCUUCGUUUCGGUUGAAGUUAUUUCAAGAUGAAAAUCGAAUAAUAAAAAUCAAGGCAGAGCCACCCAAACAGUCUAACAACACCAGCAAACAGGAGAAGAAUAAAACCAGCAAAGAAGUAAAGAGCCUGGAAAGCGAUGGCGACUCGCGACGAUCGUGGUCACCGCAGAGUACGCCUGAUAGCGAGCCGGAGAACGAGCCAAUAUUCCGGCACAAUCAGAUCAAUCUACACGAGUACAUAUCGCAGGGUGUGACCAAGAGCACGAGCGAGCCGAAGACCAGCCAGCCGAUAAAGAAAGGCCAGCAGAAGACACGACAGAGCUACUCGCGCAGAAAAGAGGAGGAGAAGAAGAACAAGCGGAAGAUGACGGCGGUCGAUGAUACAAACAUCAUCAUGCGAAAUACCCUCAGCGAUCAUUGUUACUAUCUGAGCGAUAGGAGCAAUGUGCAGCAGCGAUUAGGGAUGGAGCCAUCCGAUAGUGAAUACGAGGAUGCUGAUGAUGUUGAUGAGGAGAUCGAUGUCGAGUCGGUCGAGUCGGUCGAGUCGGCCGAGUCGGCCGAGCCGGUCGAGCCGGUCGAGCCGAUCGUACCGAUUAAGCCGAUCGAGCCGAUACGCCAAGAAAAACAGUGCAACCGCGGGAAGCGAGGUCGCAAGGCCGCCAUCACCACUCCUGUCGCCACCAAACCACCCGCGCCACCCGCGCAGAACACCGUUGUGCGUCGACCGCGCGGCAGACCGCCUGGCAGCACCAAUGCAGCGAAACGGAAACUGAACGAAGCGCAGAAAGCCCCCGUAAACACCACCGGUUUAAAGCGAUCCACGCCACAGGACGUUUCCAAGAAGACCGGUAACGCCUCGAAGCGACCCCGUACGACACAGACGCAACGUGCACCGCGCGGAAAGGGUAAGCGAAAAAGCAGGUUCGGAAACGAGAACGAGGAGGAAAAACGGAACUUGCACAACAACAUGGAGCGGCAGCGGCGGAUAGACCUGCGGUUACAAUUUGAAAAACUGCGCGAUCUAGUGCCGGCGAUUGCGAGCAAGCUGAAGACACCAAAGGUAGCGAUCCUGACGCAGGCGGAUUAUUUAUUUACUACUUUAGACAUAAAAAAGCAGAAAUUGAGCAUAGAGGAAUCAAAGCUCAAGAUCGACAAAGACAACCUUCUGAAAAAAUUCAGAAGGCACCAGCGGAAGUACCGGAAGCAUUACCUAAAGUUGAAAAAGGCGAACGGUUAUCAAUUUUACUCAGGUUGGCAGGGGAGAUGGUAAGAAAACGGCACGUCGACAAAGAAGAUGUGAUGGACGAUGGGUAAUUGAAAGGGAGAUUGCGGACGUCACGAGAAUGUGACACGAGCGAAGAGGAAUCCAGCUGACAUACAGGUGAACGUGCGUCCGGAGAUCUGAAGGAGCAAUAACGGAACAGCGCGAAGAUAUUAUCACGGUGCGUGCUCAAGCACCUGACGAAGACGCACUUUAUUGUAGAACACAUGUAACCAGAGGAAAUAAUCAUGUCGAACAGGUUUAACGCAAUUGUCAAGGCGUAACAAGUUACGCAAAAAAAGAACGUUGAAAAGAUAAUAUUCUAAGAAUUGAGAAAGUAUCUCCAUAUUGAACGGACGACUUGCUCGAUCGAUCAUGAUUCUGAAUCAUGCGAAAGAGAAACAAGAGAGACAUGAGAAUUUCCUCAAGAUCAGGGGAGAAUUUUCAUCAAGCGAGCGGCGGCUCGAUCGAUGAAAAUUCUGCCCCGCUCUCGACAGAGCUUGUUCCUUCUUGAUGAUUUGAAAACGCGCGUUACUGUAUAUAUAUAUAAUCAGAUAUAAUCAGAGAUAAUUAUGUCAAACGGGUUUAAUGCAAUUGCCAAGGAGUGACAAAUUAUGCAAAAAAAGAACGUUGAAAUGAUAAUAUCCUAAGAAUUGGAGAAGUAAGUGGAGUCUCUACAUUAAACGGGCGGCUUGCUCGAUUGAUGAUGAUUCUAAAUCAUGCGAAAGAAAAAAGAGACAUAAAACUAAAAAACAUAAGAUAUUUCAAAAAUAUAAGAAUUUUCUUAAGAUCGGAGGAGAAUUUUCAUGAAUUUAAGUGAGCGGCUGCUCGAUCGAUGAAAAUUGUUUCUUCUUGACGACUCGACGAGAAUGCGCGUAUUUGAAUAUAAUAUAUGUAAUAUAUAAUUAAACGAGAUAAUAAUAUGUCGAACGGAUUUAAUGCAAUUGGCAAGGGGUGAUACGAAAUUACGUAAAAAAAGAAAAAAACGUUGAAAAAAUAAUAUCCUCGGAAUUAGAAAAGUAUUUCCAUAUUAAACGAGCGGCUUGCUCGAUCGAGGAAGAUUCUAAAUCACGCGGAAAAAUGACAUGAGGAUUUCCUCAAGAUUGGGGGAGAUUUUUAUUAAGUGAGCGGCUUGCUCGAUCGAUGAAAAUUCUCCCCCAUUCCCGUUUCGACAAAGCUUGUUCCUCCUUUCUGACGACUGGACGAAAACGCGCAUUAAUAUACAUAUAUAAUUCUAUGAGAGAAUUAUAUUGAACGAGUCGAAUGUAAUUGGCAAAGCAUAAACCC